UUCUGUGCCGUCGGUUUGCGUUUGCGGCAUUUUGCUGAAAGAGAAAUGAGAAACGAAAAAAUCGCAUCAAAACUUUCUCGUUGUGAUUUUUGUGCAUAAUUUUAUUUAUUUUACUAGAUCGUGGGUGGAAAACGUUUUACGAGUGUGAAUUGCUACGUACGCUAGUGUAUUUCGUUCAAAAUAGCUGGUGAAUACAAUAUUCUCUGGCCAAAAAGCGGUUGUUUAGCUGAGUUUUACUUCGAAUGAGGAGGAAAGAUGGCCGAUGGCGUGGAUAUUGAUUUGUAUGCUGAUGACUUGGAGCAAGAUUUUUCGCAAAAUAACGAGGAAUUCGGUGGAGAUGGUGGCGAUUUGUAUGAUGAUGUGAUUACCCCCUCGGGAGAUCAUGGACGGAAUAAUUCCGGUAGUGGUCCGUCGAUCGAACGUCUGGAUGGAGUGGACACUAACGGUGCUUAUCACCAUCAUGGAUCAGGACCUAUGAAUCAUAUGGCCCGGAGGUUCCAAUUGUACGUGGGAAACUUAUCAUGGUGGACGACGGAUCAAGAUAUUGCGGAUGCAAUUACGGAAGUAGGCGUCACCGAUUUUCAAGAAGUCAAGUUCUUCGAAAAUCGCGCCAAUGGUCAGUCGAAAGGAUUUUGUGUAGUUUCGCUGGGUUCGGAAAACAGUAUGCGAUUCGUAAUGGAACGCCUGCCAAAAAAGGAGCUGCAUGGUCAGAAUCCAGUCGUCACAUUGCCGACAAAACAAGCUUUGAACCAGUUUGAGAGUCAACAAAAGACGAGACCGACUCCACCGGCGCAGGGUCAGACCAACGGGCCACCAAGGCCUCCGGCGCCGAACAUGGGUAUGGGCCCAAUGGGUCCGGGAGGCCCGAUGGGUGGACCUCCGGGAGGACCCAAUGGACCGGGUGGUCCACCACGAAUGGGAAUGGGCCCGAAUAUGCCGCCGGGUAUGCGACCACCCCAUAAUCAUCCAAUGCCGGGACCGAUGCAUAUGGGAGGUCCACCAGGACCGGGAGGGCCACCAAGACCGCAGGGUCCACCAAUGCAUCAAGGAAACGGACCUCCACAGCAAGGUCCACCACGAUUCCAAAAUCAAGGUCAAUGGAAUGGGCCACCGAGGAUGAAUGGGCCAAGACCAGGUGGGCCGGGUGGACCGGGUCCGAUGCAGCAUAGACCGCAAAUGGUAAAUAAACCGCCUUACCCAUCACAGAGAUCACAGAGAUUCAUGGAUUACCAAGGUCCCCCUUCGCGUGGACCGCGACCGGAUUGGAAUGGGCCUCCAAUGCAUGGUGGACCUGGUGGUUUUCCCCCUGGACCACCCGGGCCUCGCCAGGGACCACCCCAUAUGCAAGGACCAUCUCGUGGACCUCCGAUGGGUGGACCCGGACCACAAGGUCCUGCCCCUCACGUGAAUCCUGCAUUUUUCAAUCAAGGAGGCGGCCCACCUAACCAUCCCAACGGUGGACCUGCACCACAUGGUCCACCGGCUGGACAAGGUCCACCGCCCCAUUUUAAUCCACAGGGAGGAGCAGCACCCCGUGGUCCUUGGCCGGGUCCUGGUGGAAAGCCCCCCGGAGGCCCAUUUCCAGAGCAUGGAAUUGCACCGCAACUAAGUGAGGCAGAGUUCGAAGAGAUUAUGACUCGAAAUCGCACCGUUAGCAGUUCGGCCAUUGCUAGAGCCGUUUCAGAUGCGGCAGCUGGUGAAUACUCGAGUGCGAUUGAAACACUAGCAACGGCGAUAUCUCUAAUCAAACAAUCAAAGGUCGCACAUGACGAGCGGUGCAAGAUUCUGAUUAGCUCGCUCCAGGAUACCCUGCAUGGCAUUGAAACAAAGAGUUACAGCCGGAGAGAGCGAUCCAGAUCCCGUGAGCGUACAUCGCAUCCUCGUUCGAGAUCACGGCGAGAGAGAUCAUCUUCCCGUGGCUAUCGCGAGCGUUCUCGCGAGCGAGACCGCGGUGGAGACCGCGAUCGUGAUCGAGAUCGUGAACGUGACGGUUCAAGACGCUCCCGCCCACGCAACAAAACGCCGGAGCCAACCGCUGAAACCUCGACGGACAACUCCAAACGCUACUAUAACGAUGAUCGCUACAGGUCAUCGGAUCGCGACCGCGAACGUGAACGCGAUCGUGAACGCCGCGAGGAACAUCGUUCGCGACAUUAGGUUGCACAUCAUCCUUUUUCAAAUAAUUAUUCUUGCGUUCAAUUCUCGAAACAGAGCGCUUUCGAUUUUUUUAUGUUAGAUUGGCGCUGCCGAGUUGAAGUAUUUGCUACUUACUAUACGAGGCGGCACCAUUUUGGAAACACACUUCAACAUUCUUCAGACUCACUCCAUCUUGACUUCAUUUUUGCGUAUGUUCGCAAAAAGCAAGCCCUCACAUUAUUAAUUUCUAGGAAAAAUGUUUAUAUUAAUAAUCAUUUGUCAAUCGCUCGGAGCGAACAAAAAUCUGAAUUUUAAAAAGUGUAAAAUGUACCCUACUCAUCGGGUAUCAGUCUCAUUGGAAACUGGGACCUUUGAUUGUAAAUUUACUUGCGAAAUGUAUUUCGAAGUCAAAUGCAAGAAAGUAUAAAUUAAUACAAAAUGUGGUUUACAAACCACCUAAUACUAAAGAUAAAUGUAUCUCCCCAUAAUAGUAAAUGUAGCGAUCAACACCUCCACAUCUCCGUACCACUCUAUUAAACAGCAACCAUAAAUCCUUUAGCAAGCAACCAUAGAACGAUGUAAUAUUUAGAAAUUCUUCCAUCCAUCUAACGUCAUCUGUUCUGCGAGUAUCAUCGUUGGACGCCACCGCGAUGUAGAUUCUCCGCUGCUUUUGUAGCGGACCAUUGUGUCACUCCGGCGAUGAUGUGCAGCCUACACACCUAUCACGCAUCUUAUCAACAUUGUAGCGGAGUGUGGUCCAGCGUUUCAUCAGUGUUAAAAUCAACGGCUGAGGAAAGGAGAGCAGAAAACAAGAAGAUUGUAUUCAAUUUAUUGAUUAAACUAAUUACGAUGAUAACCAAAAAAGAAGCAAAAACAAAAA